AUGGCAUCAUCACAUCCUAUUGUUGUCCCGACUUCUAAAAACUCUGAUCAUUCAGCAGUCAAGGGAACCUUGAGUCUUCCUAGUGUUUCUGAACAACUUUUUGAUUCUGUCAUGAGUACUAUUUCGGGAGUAGUCUGUCCUGUUGAUAAAGGGUUUGAUGUCGGCAGUCUUGAUGAGGAUGACACUCGCAAUAUAACCAAUACUGGCUUACCUAGCUCAUCAUCAAGUCAUACGAUCCACUCUCCAACCAGUCCAGUCACUCCAUCGUCAGAGAAUCAAUCGGUACUUCAAUCCACAGUCUCUUCUGAUGCUUCACUUAUCACCAGCACUAAUCAUCCGCAGCCUGUUAAAGGUGUCAAUCCUUUUGUAUUGAAAAUGAUUGCUGCUACUGCCAGUAUGAACGGUAAAAAACAUCAGUUGUUUGCAGACUCCAGUCUUGGUGCCAUUGAGAGAGUUGUACACCAAACACCCGAAACUAGCGAUCAAAUGCUCAUGUCGCUUUUCCUUCGACUCCGAUUGCCUCCACAAGUGAAUCGUAUCUCUGAACAGCGCAUUCUGGAUCUUAUUAGAUUGGCUCAAGCAAAACAUUAUCGAUUGGCUUCAUAUAUUGACCAUACUACUUAUGAUACGGUUUUAUUUGGAAACAAGGCUGCUGAUUUACCACUACUGAGUAGAUUUGUGUCUUCAGAUGAUGGAUCGGCACAUGAGAUUUGGCAGAGAGUUGUAACCGAAGAAAUCAAUUCCAAAUUUGACUUGCGAGAUCCAACAACUCCAUUGUGGCGAGUAGCAAUUGUUGGUACUGGAGCGAUUGCUGGAAAUGGUAUUCAACUUGUCCCCUCGUCUGAACAACCUGAUUGUAUUGGAUCUUCAGUUGCAACAUCAUCCAUAGUAUUUGACUUGAUAUUCACCUUUCACCACUGUUUGGGCGAUGGCUUGUCUAUGUUGGCAUUUGCACGAACUCUUCUUGCCGAAUGCACUACGGCCAACUACAAUGCCGAAUCACUUCAUCUUGACCAAGUAUCCGUCGUGGCCAAUCCUCCUGUUCUUUUGGACAAUUAUAUUAAACCUUCGUUUUUUGGUAUUGUUCCUGCUCUUGUUGUGCUUUUAUUUACACAUGGACCUUUUCAAAAGCUUCAUAGAUUUAAAGAUCUCAUUUCAGCAUCGCAACCUUCAAAAGCAUUGGCAAAUUCACUUUCUCGUGCAUCUAUAUCUUCAGAUACCCCACUCUUGUCUGAUGAGACGGAUGAAAACUUGCAAAGUCAUGAUAUGGCAACACAUGUUGAUUCAGAUGAUAUCACCACAAGCGAUACCUCGUCAACCUGCGAGCCUCUUUCUUCAACUAAAAAAGAACUGGCUCAUGAUCGUCUGCGUACCAAAGUCAGAUUUCUUCAGUAUGACGCUGCAUUUACCGCGAAUCUAAUUCAAUGCACCAGAACGACUAAAACAACGGUUGCAGCUGUACUGAUUGUCAACGCGUUGGCUUGUGUACGAGCUGUCUUUGCUGAUAUAGCAAAGUCUACUGGCCAACCACUACCAAAACAUCAGGGUUGGAUAGCUACUACUAGUUUUCGACAUUUAGUUCCUGAAUCCAUGCUGCUUUAUGGUGCAGACAAACAUACCGAUCCAGCCACUAUGCUAUUUGGACUCUAUGCGGGAUCCAUGUCCGAGUCAUCUGUUGGGAUAGACGAUCAUUACGAGUUUUGGGAACGAUGUAGGAGAAUAAAACGGACACUUGGAGGAGGAAGUGGACACCUCGAUGCAAUACGAAGAAUCAAGUUGUUAAACUGGAUUUGGCGAACGCCUUGGAUGUAUCGUCGAGCCAUAAACCGUAUCCAUUUUAAACAAAUGUCGCAAGCCUAUUCAGUUGAAGUCGCUAACCUUGGUGCAUGGGAAUAUCCAACUGUAACCGAGUCAGGAUCUACUGAUGGUAUGAGUUCCAAAGAAAUCCUAGAAUGGUUUGGCGGAACAUUAAGUGCUUCGUUUGAAGGAUCUCGAGGGAUAUUUAAUUUGGGCAUCAUUACUCUUGGAAAGAACAUGUCGAUUGCUGUUUCUUAUGACUGCACAGUGGUUUCUGAAGAUUGUGCCAAAACAUUCAUUGAUUUGUUUGAUAAAACACUAAAGGUCGCUUGUGAAUCUAUGGGCACGCAGAUUCAACUGGGCAACAUGCCUUGCUCGUGUAACGACGUGUAA